GCUAAAAACCCUACGGGUUUUCUCCGAUCCGCCGAAGACUGGACAGAGAGGGCCAUUUACUCUUUCUUCUCUCAUCUCUUCAUCUCUCGCUUCUCUCGGGUGCCCCUUUUCAUUUUCCUACCACCUGCCUGGCUUCCUAGAAAGUGCUGAAAAAGAAAAUAUCUUGAAGAUGUAUACAUCAAUGAAGAAGAUCCACAAAGAUAAGGAUGCUGAACCAACAGAAUUCGAGGAGUCAGUUGCCCAGGCAUUCUUUGAUUUGGAGAAUACCAACCAGGAUUUGAAAAGUGACCUCAAAGAUCUCUACAUUAAUUCAGCUGUCCAAAUUGAUGUUUCUGGCAGCCGAAAAGCAGUUGUUAUCCAUGUCCCCUACAGAUUGAGGAAAGCUUUUCGCAAGGUUCAUGUUAAGCUUGUGAGGGAACUUGAAAAGAAGUUCAGUGGCAAGGAUGUGAUUCUUAUUGCCACCCGGAGGAUAUUGAGGCCUCCAAAGAAAGGUUCUGCUGUUCAGAGGCCACGCAGCCGCACAUUGACUGCUGUACAUGAGGCAGUGCUAGAAGAUAUUGUCUUACCUGCUGAGAUUGUUGGGAAGCGCACUAGAUAUAGAAUUGAUGGAUCAAAGAUAAUGAAGGUCUUUUUGGACCCCAAGGAACGAAACAACACUGAAUAUAAGCUCGAGACCUUUUCUGCAGUUUACCGAAAGCUUGCCGGAAAGGAUGUUGUGUUUGAGUUCCCCGUUACAGAGGCAUAGAGAAUUCCUUUUUAAGUGUUGUGACACUUUGUUUCUGGUCUUUUUCCCCGAAAAUUACUGUUUGGGGCAAUUAAAAUUUUGACAUUUAUGAGGUGCUAAACAGUUAAGUGCCAUGGUGGAUUCAACUUCUUUGUGUGGUAUGCAUUUAGUGGUGUAGGAUUAUGAGUUUUAAAAGGUUUUUAUCA